UUUUUUUUUUUCUUUUUUUUUGUUUUUUAUGACUUGUACACGUUGUUAUGACCCUUUAACUAACGAUAACUUUCGUUCACUCGACCUUUAUCUUGCACCCAAAAGUUCAAAAGAUUCUCCUCUUGUUGUCUUUAUUCAUGGUGGUGCCUGGAGAACAGAAGAUAAGGCUGACUAUAAAGACCUUUGUCUUGGUUUUAACAAACGAGGGAUCUCGGUUGCUUCUGUCAAUUAUAGAUUGAGUUUGAAAGAACAUCCUGACGCUAUUCCUCAGGUACAACAUCCUGAUCAUAUCAUGGAUGUAGGUAAAGCUAUUGAAUACUUGUACAACACAAGUGAAGGUCAUUACAACCCCCACCAAAUCUAUAUUGUGGGCCAUUCUGCAGGCGCUCAUAUUGCACUGAUGCUCUUGUUAGACACAGUCUACCACCAAUACAUUGCAGGUGUGAUUGGUGUCUCUGGUAUUUAUGAUAUCCCUUUGUUGCUUAAGACAUUCCCUUCCUAUACAGAUUUUAUUGUACAGGCCUUUGGUGCUGAUCAAAGCAGGUUUCUUGAUGCAUCGCCUAUCAGUAAAACAUCGACUCAAUUGGGUCAUAAGCCUAUUAUUAUUGCACACAGUCCACAAGAUACGUUGAUUGAUCACCAACAACCAGAGUGCAUGGUGGCUCAUUUACAACAAUUUCAUCCCAAUGUAGUUUUAGACAUGACAUUAAAAGGAGAUCAUUAUGAGAUCAUGAAGACAGAGACGUUAGAACAAGUGGUGAAGCAAAUCAUACAGAAAUAAAUAGACGGUUUAUUCUAAAGAAUAUGACUCAUGUACGCCCAGUCUAACAAUAUAAAGAUGAAAGAGUACAAGCCAUCUUAUGGAGUACACAAGAACAAUCUACCUCUGUUUGGCUGAGUAGAAUAACUAUACCAUACACUAUUUUGAAAUACACGCUUUUUUAAUUGAACAAAUUAGGUUUAGAGACACUAUGACAACGUGUACCUGAAGAUACCAAUACUAAUAAUACACCAAGGCUAUUUCUAUGAUAUGCUUCUGAAUAGCCUCAAGAGAUAGACUCAUAAAGAAAUGCUUAUUACUUGUUAUAUUCAACGAUCUUAUUGUUAUUAAAUCUAUCCUGUCCAUAUACACACACUCACGGAGAUCAAGACAUAACUCCUCUCUAUGGAUUGAAUUUCCGCCAUGCUGUUAAGAUGAAAUGAAAUCAAAUUUUUUAAUUUUCUUUUUUUUUUUUUUU